CUGAAAGAGAGAAAAGAGAGGAGAGACGACGACGACCAAGGCGAAGAAGAUGAUGAAGAUGAGUGUGUCAUUGGUGCUGAAGCUGAUUUUAAUGGUCUCCUUCCUCUCUGUCGUUACUUGCAUCGACGAUAAAUGUGCUGCUUGUAAUGCUGUUGCUGUGGAGCUUGAGCGAGGCCUUUCCAAUGAAAAGCCUAGGAAUCAUUUGGAUAUGAGACACCGUUUGGAUUCUAAAGGUCAACGGAGAGGAAAGGUUAUUGAUUACAGAAUGAGUGAGCUGAGAGUUGUUGAACUUCUGGAUGGCCUUUGUGAAAAGAUGCAAGAUUACACUCUUAAUAAGGUCAAGUCAACUGAACAAGAGGAGUGGAUCAAAGUAGAUGACUGGGAUAAUCUCACAGAUAAACAAGAAGCUCGUGCUUAUUCAAAAGACAUCUCAACUUAUUGUGGAAGGUUACUUGAGGAAACAGAAGAUGAGUUUUCGGAACUGAUAAAGAAAGGAUCUGUGAAAGUAGGAGAUGUAAGCAAGGUUUUAUGUCAAGAUUUGAGUAAUCACUGCAGCAGAACAAGCAGUGGUUCUUACAAAGGAGAUGACCAAGAUGAUGAAUCAGAUGCAGAACUGUGAGUUUCUCAAACUGAAGUUGCAGACGGGGCAAAAUAUUAUACGGCGUCAACAGUCGAAUAACUUACGAACAAGUUAGUGGGCAAUUUUAGAAAAGUGAUUAUUAAUAUGUUAAAAGUGAGAAUUGCAUAUCAAUCCAGUAAAAUUUGGUAUGUGCAUUGAAGUUAUGUGAUGUACUAUUUAAACACUCUUAUUCCUACUACUUGACUUUAAUUUUCUUUAUAGAAUCAAUCUAGGAACUGGGGCCUUCGUUUCUCAUUAUAUGUUUUUGAUUGAUUGUAAACGUCAAAGUUGGAGACAGUAAUUGCUGGGAUAAACUAUUGGAUCUUCAGUAGUUAAA